CAACAGAUUAUCUCUGUUACUAGAUCUUCAGUUUGCUCAACAAAUCACAAUGUCUCGUUCACGACAACCCCCACUUGUGACAGGCAUCUCUCCAAAUGAAGGAAUACCAUGGACCAAGGUCACAAUUAGAGGAGAAAACCUGGGAACUGGCCCAACCGACCUCAUAGGUUUGGCAAUUUGUGGACAUAAUUGCCUCCUGACAGCAGAAUGGAUGUCUGCAAGUAAAAUAGUAUGUCGAGUUGGACAAGCCAAAAAUGACAAAGGAGACAUAAUUGUCACAACCAAGUCAGGUGGCAAAGGAACCUCAACUGUCUCUUUCAAGCUACUCAAGCCUGAAAAAAUAGGUAUUUUGGACCAGUCUGCUGUGUGGGUUGAUGAAAUGAAUUACUAUGAUAUGCGUACCGACAGGAAUAAAGGAAUUCCUCCCUUGUCCCUACGUCCUGCUAAUCCACUUGGCAUUGAGAUUGAAAAAAGUAAAUUUCCCCAGAAGGAAUUGGAAAUGCUGUUUCCUGGAAUGAGUGCUGACUUUACAAGUGAGAAUUUUUCAGCUGCCUGGUAUCUGAUAGAGAACCACUCAACCACCAGUUUUGAGCAGCUCAAAAUGGCAGUCACCAACCUGAAGAGACAGGCUAACAAGAAGAGUGAGGGCAGCCUGGCUUGUGUGAAAGGGGGUCUUAGUACUUUCUUUGAAGCCCAGGAUGCUCUUGCAGCCAUCCAUCAAAAACUAGAAGCGGAUGGAACGGAAAAAGUAGAAGGAUCCAUGACGCAAAAACUGGAGAAUGUUCUAAACAGAGCAAGUAAUACUGCAGAUACAUUAUUUCAAGAAGUAUUAGGUCGAAAGGACAAGGCAGAUUCCACUAGAAAUGCACUCAAUGUCCUCCAGCGAUUUAAAUUUCUUUUCAACCUUCCUUUAAAUAUUGAAAGGAAUAUUCAAAAGGGUGAUUAUGAUGUGGUUAUUAAUGACUAUGAAAAGGCCAAGUCACUCUUUGGAAAAACAGAGGUGCAAGUUUUCAAGAAAUAUUAUGCUGAAGUAGAAACACGGAUUGAAGCUUUAAGAGAAUUACUUCUGGACAAAUUGCUUGAGACACCAUCGACCUUACAUGACCAGAAACGUUAUAUAAGGUACCUGUCUGACCUUCAUGCACCGGGUGACCCUGCUUGGCAGUGUAUCGGAGCUCAGCACAGAUGGAUCCUUCAGCUCAUGCACAGCUGCAAAGAGGGCUACAUACAAGACCUGAAAGGUACCGCAGGCCUGCACAGUCCCAUGGUGGAUCUGGAUAGCGAUGUUCGCCCCUCAGUGUUGGCCCACCUUAGUCAGACAGCAUCACUGAAGCGGGGCAGCAGCUUUCAGUCUGGUCGAGAUGACACAUGGAGAUACAAAUCUCCCCACCGGGUAGCAUUUGUUGAAAAAUUGACCAAGCUUGUUUUAAGUCAGCUGCCUAAUUUCUGGAAACUCUGGAUUUCAUAUGUUAAUGGAAGCCUUUUCAGUGAGACUGCUGAGAAGUCAGGCCAGAUUGAAAGAUCAAAGAAUGUCAGGCAAAGACAAAAUGAUUUUAAGAAAAUGAUUCAGGAAGUAAUGCAGAGUCUUGUGAAGCUGAUCCGUGGAGCACUACUCCCACUUAGCAUCCCAGAGGGUGGAGUGAGGCAGUAUGGAGGCUGGGAGGUGAAGUCUGAGCUCUCUGGACAGUGGCUCGCUCAUGUCAUACAGACCAUAAGGCUUACUUAUGAAUCACUGACUGCCCUUGAAAUUCCUAAUGACAUGUUACAGACUAUCCAGGAUCUCAUUUUGGAUCUCCGAGUACGUUGUGUAAUGGUCACAUUGCAACACACAGCAGAAGAAAUAAAGAAAUUAGCUGAAAAGGAAGACUGGAUUGUCGAUAAUGAAGGGUUGACUUCUCUACCAUAUCAGUUUGAACAGUGCAUUGUGCAUUCUCUGCAAUCGCUUAAAGGAGUUCUAGACUGCAAGCCUGGAGAAACCAGUGUCUUUCAACAACCUAAAACACAGGAGGAGGUUUGCCAACUAAGCAUCAAUAUCAUGCAGACUUUUAUAUAUUGUCUGGAACAAUUGAGCACCAAGCCUGAUGCAGAUGUAGAUACUGCACAUCUUUCCAUUGAUGUUUCUUCUCCUGAUUUGUUUGGAAGUAUUCAUGAAGACUUCAGUUUGACUUCUGAACAACAACUUUUGAUAGUCCUAAGUAAUUGCUGCUACCUACAAUGUCACACCUUCCUAAAUAUAGCAGAACAUUUUGAAAAGCACAACUUUCAAGGAAUAGAAAAAAUAACACAGGUUAGCAUGGCCUCAUUGAAAGAAUUAGACCAAAGACUGUUUGAAAAUUACAUUGAGUUGAAAGCAGAUCCCAUUGUUGGCUCCUUAGAACCUGGAAUUUAUGCAGGCUAUUUUGAUUGGAAAGACUGCCUGCCUCCAACAGGAACUCCCCCCCCCCCCCCAGCUUAUUUGUUGACUAAACAGGUUGUUUGUUCUGUAGAUAUUUUCACUUUCUGGACUUUUCAGAUUGCUUCUUCAUGGUGUCAUUUAAACAUGUUCCUCUGUCUUUUAUGUUUCCUAUAAAUGUGUGAUUAAUAAAGAAGCUUUAUCAGUUUUAGGGUUUGAUUUUGUUUUAAUUUUGUUUACUACCACCAGAGAUACGUAGUAUUUGGCUGCCUCUCAUUUUUGAUGUUAAGAUUGAAAUUGGAUAUAAAUGGUAUCAGCUUGAUUAACCCUUUAAAGUUUAUCAUAACCUUUCAUCCAAUGGUCAUAGUACUAUAUGGAAUUGUUGCCAUGAUCUAUUCCUUUUUAGGGAUUGCAAACUAAUGAUUGUUAGCUGGAACAUUAAGUAAAAAAA